AUGCUACCAUCCGUCGAACAAUCUCAAGGGGAAAUACAGCCAGUAUCCAAGUACGGCGCGCUGGAGCAAGUGGAAACUCCCUGCGGUAAUCUUGUGGUCACCAGCGGGAUGGAAGAGUGUAGCGCGGAGUACCCUCCCAAAAUUCCAACUUUUUAUUUCCUGGGCGAGUUAAACGAUGAGAUGAAGCCAAUAUACCCUCGAGGAAACGGCAGAUCAUUUACCAUUAGAGGUAACGUGUAUCAUGUUUUCGGUACAACGAUAUGGAAAGACGCAAAGGGCCAAAUAGUAGGCGAAGUCGCUAAUUCAUUAGCGCUGGUCUCUGAUCCAGAGCUGAAUCCGAUUGCGAAUGUUGCUGUGUCGGUUAACAGAGGUAUGGCACCUUUCCUACCUCUCACAGAAACUGAACGGGAGCUUGAAAAAGAUCAGAACUGCAAAGUCGUACUCGAAAUGCCUGGUGGCCUCUGCAAGCCUGACCCGGAUGCAAUUGGAGGGUAUAUGUGGCUGCAGAAGUACAUACAGACCCGCUCAACUCAGGGUACGGUUGAAAGUACUUUUCAAGGAGUUAGCCUAGCCAUUGCGGUAGGGAACAAACGAACGGACGAAGUCAGAGCUGAACGUAUCAUGCGUGAUAAGCUGCUUUUCACUAAUAGUGAGCCUGCUUUUGGAUCAUUUUGCUCGGUGCUAGAAAGCUACUAUUUCUAUGCCUGGGGAAAACUUGGAGAGGAUACCUAUUUGGCCAGAGUUGAGAAAUACGAGCCAGAAAACCGCAGCGCCUACGAGUACUGGGAUGGGUAUGGUUUCACACAGAAUAUUUUAGCGGCGGUGCCUGUGUUUAGCGGCUAUUCAUCCGGAACAAUCAUGCGUUCGAAGAUGUUUGGCCAUCUUUACAACUGGGUAUUCAUUGGAGGUACCGAAUCGAAUACACCGGUGGUGACAGUCGGUGUGGCCCGUGAUAUCCAAGGCCCAUAUAUUAUGUAUGGCCUGAUAAAGUCCGAAGAUAUACAUCCUAUGCUUCGGCAGGUACACUCCGUGUAUGCACACCAAUGGGCUAAUGAUGAGAGGAAUGGCCAACUCCUAGUGACUUGGAACGAGAGAAAUGGUGGUAAUAUUGUUGGAGUAAAACUCCAGUUUGCAAUGCUCCACGAAGGAGCAUAUUGGAAGGAUAUCUCAUUCGUGAAUAUGCCGUCUGCAAUAUCUUCCAUGAUUAUGGGCGGCGUGGAGUUGAUUAAGUCGUUUGCUCAGGUAAAGAAAGCUGCUUGCAGAAUCGAGAAUGAUAAGGAGGGCGAGGCCAUCAUCAGAGUCUUUGCCGAGGAUAAGAACGCAGUGAAUGCAGCCGUGGACUCCAUUUGCAAUCUUAUCCGCCGCUGGUGUCGUGAGUUGCUUGAGGAGGGCAGGACGCCGAAGGCCAGUACUCUAAAGGGGAUGCUAAGAUGGCCAUUCUACAUCUUCACCUCACCCCCACUUCAACCAGAAUAA